UUGUCUGCAACUUGCUGCUCAUAAUCAUCUCUAUCCAUUGACGAACGUCUCCGAUUCCCCCUCACAUUUUGGAAGUUUUCGUCGGAAUUCGAUUUUGCUGCGGAGUAUUGUGUAGAGGCAUUGUAGAGAAUCGUUUUUUUAUUAUGGUUCAGUUGAAGGCGAAGCUCUCCGAGCGAAUGCGUGUGAAGCAGAUGCCGGCGGUCGCCGGAGCCGGCGAAAUGCCGGAGCCUGACGUCCACGUCGUCGCCUCCGGAGGUUUCCAGAUCCCCGCGCACUCGAAGAUUUUGGCUUCGGCGUCGCCGGUGCUGGAAAACAUAAUUGAGAGGCCGCAGAAGCACCGGAGCACCGACCGGGAAAUUCGGAUUCCAGGAGUACCGUACGACGCCGUCGCCGUCUUCAUCCAAUAUCUCUAUUUCUCCAAGUGCACUGAGGAUCAAAUGGACAAAUAUGGCGUUCAUUUGUUGGCACUCUCCCAUGUCUACAUAGUCACGCAGCUAAAACAGAGAUGCACAAAGGAAUUAGCCAAAAAAGUGACUGUGGAAAACGUUGUGGACAUGCUUCAGCUCGCCAGACUCUGCGACGCUCCCGAUCUCUAUCUCAAAUGUAUGAGAUUGCUGUCCAAUCAUUUCAAGGCUGUUGAGGACACUGAGGGCUGGAAAUUCUUGCAGAACCAUGAUCCUUUGCUCGAGCUCGAGAUCUUGCAGUUCAUCGAUGAAGCUGAAUCGAGGAAGAAGAAGUCGAGGAGGCGCCGGGAGGAUCAACAGCUGUACAUCCAACUAAGCGAUGCGAUGGAUUGUCUCGAGCACAUAUGCUCGGAAGGAUGCACGAACGUCGGCCCGACCGACAUGGGCCCAAGCAAGCCCAAAGGCCCGUGCAGCAAGUUCUCCACCUGCCACGGCAUUCAGCUUCUCAUCAAGCACUUCGGCGCGUGCUCAAAGAGGGCCAACGGCGGCGGAUGCUCGCGCUGCAAACGAAUGUGGCAGCUUUUCAGGCUACAUUCGUCGAUCUGUGAACAAUCCGAAGAUUGCCGAGUCCCUCUCUGCAGACAGUUCAAAUUAAAGGGACAUCAAGAACUGCGCGGGGCGGAGGCUGUGAGAUGGAGAAUGCUUGUAAGAAAGGUUAGUUCGGCUAAAGCUAUGUCUAAUUUGUGUGUUCCUAAAAGAAAAAGGGAAGAAGAGCCGAUAAUUAGCGAUGGAAUGAUGAGAAGCUUCGAUGUUUAAAAAUUGUCGUGUAGAAACUUUGUAGAUUUUUUCGACGGCGAGAAGCUUCUAUGUUUGAAACUAGGAAAAAAGGUUUGUAGAAUUUUCGAGGCCCUGAGAAAAUCGAAUAGCUUUAAGUAGUUUAGUUUGCGAAUUUGGAGAUAGUAAAUAAAAAUAUUUGUAUUUUUUUCUUUUUAAUAAAAGUGUUUCAUUUGUUUA